AUGUCUUGGGGAGGAUUCAAGAAGGCCGCUUCUCGAGCGGGAACGACGUUGAUGCAGAAGACAGGUCAAGUGGAACGAACAAUAGAUAGAGAGUUCGCAGAGGAAGAAGGAAGAUACAAGACGAUGGAGAAAGAGACGAAUAACCUGCAGAAAGAAGCUAAAGUAUAUCUCGACUCGAUAAGAGCAAUGGCAUCUGCUCAAUCACGAAUUGCGGAGACUAUCUCUCUUUUCUAUUCUCAUGAUAGGUCAAGUGAUGGAGCAAUGGCAGGACACGCGUAUAAGGCAGCUGUAGAUGAGAUGGACGGUGUAGUCGGACGAGAACUAGACGCACCAUAUCGAGCUACCGUACUGGAGCCAAUUGGUAAAUUGAAUAGCUAUUAUCCCACGAUCAAUGCUGCGAUAACCAAACGUGACCACAAGAUGAUGGAUUACGAUGCUGCUCGUGCAAAAGUUAAGAAGUUGGUAGAAAAACCUUCGGACGAUACUACGAAAUUACCGAGAGCACAAGCUGAACACGACGAAGCUAAAGAGGUAUUCGACAUCCUGAACGAGCAGUUGAUCACUGAAUUACCUGUAUUGGUCGAUUUACGGAUUCCCUACCUCGACCCAUCCUUCGAAGCUAUGAUAAGAUGUCAACUCCGAUUCGCAGAAGAGGGUUAUGAGAAAUUAUCAGGUGUACAAAGGUAUUUCGCCGAUAACAUCAGAGAUGAUUAUGCCAACGGAGCAUUGGACGUACAAGUUGAAGGUGUUUUGGAAGAAAUGAGAGAAUUGUCUAUCUUCGGACCAUAA